UUUCCUGCUGUCAGUGUGAUGACGUUGUUCCGGUUUGUGCAGUGUGUUUGUCAAAUUCAUUUCCGGUUCAUAGGUUCACAACGUGGCUGCGGAUGUUUUCCAGCGUGGGGUUCACAGCUCAGAAAGUGUAGACACUGUGAGGAUAAACAGCAGUAAAAUGGCUGAGUUCAAGGUGCACCGUGUUCGCUUCUUCGACUACAUGCCCACUGCUAUCCGAGCCAUGGCGUUUAACCCCCGCACGGAGCGGCUGGCUGUGGCCCGGGCUGAUGGAGCUCUGGAGAUCUUCAACUUCGCGGACAACUACUUCCAAGAGAAGGUCAUCCCAGGGCAGGACGGCCGGGCUGCGGAGGCUCUGUGUUGGCUGGGCCAGCGCCUGUUCAGUGCCGGGCUGAAUGGAGAGAUCACAGAGUAUGACCUGGAGAACCUGAGACCCAGGUACACAGUGGAGGCCUAUGGAGGACCAAUCUGGAGCAUCAGUAGCAACAGCCAGGGAACCCUGCUCGCGGUUGGUUGUGAAGACGGGACAGUGAAAAUAUUUGAAAUACUGGAAGAGAGGAUUCAGUUUCAAAGAAACCUCGACAGGCAAAAGGGUCGUAUUAUCUCUCUCUGCUGGCAUCCCUCUGGUACAUUGAUAGCUGCUGGCAUGAUGGACAUGAUAAAAAUCUUUGAUGCUGAGUCAGGCCGUGCCACACACAGACUGCUGGUGGAGAGAGGAGUCGGAGCAUCAAAGAGUAGAGAGGUGGUGGUUUGGAGCAUCGCCUUCCUGUCAGAUCACACUAUCAUCAGCGGUGACUCGGCAGGAAAGGUCCAGGUCUGGGAUGGACUCACAGGGACUCUGGUCAGAACCCACCUAGUCACCAAGUGGGACGUUCUGGCCCUGUCUUCUUCCCAGGACGAGAGCAGCGUGGUAGCCGGGACGUCAGAGGGAACGGUGGUCCAGUUUCAGUUCCUCUCCUCUAAUGUUGGCCAGCAGGAUAAGGAAUGGGUCCGAACAAGGACCUUUAAAAACCACUCCCAUGAUGUGAGGGGGCUCGCUCACACCGACACAGCUGUGGUUUCUGGAGGUAUGGACACCCAACUGGUAGUGCGCCCCCUUUUGGACAAGGUGGAGAAGAACACCCAGGAGUCAGCACUGCGCAAAAUUGCUUUCCCACAUAGAAGCCUGGUUUGUUGUGCAAAGAAAGCAGGACUGCUGCUCUUCCAGUUCCCCGAUCAUUUGGAGCUGUGGAGACUAGGGGAGAGUAAUGGACAUGGAAGUCCUGGUGACAGUCUGCCUGUGAAGAGGAAACCAGAGAAGCUGAUCCAGCUGAAGAGGAAGGGCGAGGAUCAUAUCAGCUGCAGCGCUGUGUCUCCAUGUGGAGGCUGGCUGGCGUACUCCACUGUCUCCAGCUUCCGUCUCUACAGAUUACAGAACAACACCAUCAGUGUCACCAAGGUGUCUAGACUCCCUAAGGACCUUCGCUCGGCGCAGCAGCUCUGCUUCUCCUCUGACUCCACCAAACUCUUUGCUUCCUCCUGCCGUUCUUCAGUCCUAGUCGUUGACCUUAACCAGUCAGAUUGCAAAUACCUCCACACCCUCAGACCCAAAUCAGGUGAGACUCAGUCCUGCUGUUAUGUUAUAGCAUUGUUAGCAACACAUGGCGUGAUGAUGUUUGUGAAAAUGUAAACAUUGUGAAUCACUAGUCGACUAAUUAAGUCUU